AUGGAGUUGAUUUCUAUCCACAAUGACCUGAACGCUGCACAAGGUCAGGGGCAUGAAACGUCCGAAAACAUUCACGGAGUACUCACGCGCGUCCUCGCCGGCAUCAAGCACAUUUCCCAUCAACAAACAUCAUUAGUGACAACUAUUGCCAAUACCUCAGAGCCACAAACCAGGGAAUCUAACCCUGCAGGACAUGCAGAGGAGUCUUUCGCGUCAGGAACAUCAUCGCCAUCGGCUGCGGCGAACCUCAGUAUCUGGGUCUCGUACCGAAACGGUUCGUUUCAAACACAUCAUAAAAGCCUUGUCCCGAAAUUCAAGCUCCGGCUAAUGCAGCGGGCCCCUCUCGAACUUGAUUCCCUGUUGGCGUCUAUGAUUCUGCGGAAUUGCGAUGAAGCCUGGCGUAUUCUGAUCGACAACCCAGAGGCAGCAUUCAGCCAACACCCGGAUACUGGAGAUACUGCAUUACACUUGGUCCUAGCCAAAUCUCGUUACUUUGACAGUUGCUUCGUUACGCUCCUGAUUCGAAGCGGUUUCUGCUACUGCAACCAGUCUCGCCAUCUCAAAAUCUGCGCUGGCGAACUUACCCCCCUGGAACUCUCUACCUUGGAAGCCUCAAUGUCCUGGAUAGAGCCCGAUACAUUGAGGUAUCUCAUUGAAAUGGGUGCGCAUAUCCGAUCACAGGCAAGAAACGUCUUUUGUAUUGCAUGCAAGUACGACAGGGAUGACUUGGCUCAGACUCUCGUUGAAGAGUAUGAAGUCGACCCAAACGAGCCUGAUGCACCAUCCUUGACGCCACUUAUGAUGGGAGUACUGAAUAACUCGUUCGACGCAAUUGAGUAUCUAAUUGAUCUUGGUGUCAAUAUCCAUAUUCGCGAUACGGCUGGACUUACACCGCUGCACUACGCGGUUGUCUUCAAUUUGCACCAGUCAUUCUUCAGUCUACUACUCGCCGCAGGAGCAGACUAUAAGGAGUCACCUAGCGGACUGAAUAUCUUGCAUUGUGCUGCUCCGUGGGCAAAUGAGGCGACCAUGGCGUGUUUGCCACACCAUGGCCUGGCCAGCGUUGACCCAGAAGCGACAGUGGAUGGAGAAACAGCUGAGUCUCUGUUCUUGCAGCGCACUUAUAGAAGCCCACAACUUGAUGCGGCGUUCUAUUUUCUGCUGGAGUCUGUGGAAAAGGCCACUGCCGAGAUGCGGCAAGCUCUCUCAAAAGGGAUGGAUGUGGGAGGCACCUCCGACGACGAAGAUGACGUUUUUCACGAUGCCUCAGAGCAGCUCUAA